AUGUCUAUCGAAAUUUUCCUCCUCCCCUCUCUGUUUCUCUUCCUUCUUCUCAUUUUUUGCCGUCAGCGCCAAAACCACCGCCGUCUACCGCCCAGUCCCCCUUCCAUUCCGAUUUUAGGCCACCUCCACCUCUUCAACUUGCCGAUCCACCGCUCUCUCGCCGCCAUCUCCGCCGCCCACGGCCCUGUCGUUCUCCUGCACUUCGGUUCCCGCCCCGUCCUCCUCGUGUCCUCUCCGUCCACCGUCGAAGAGUGCUUCACCGUCCUCGACGUCGCCUUCGCGAACCGCCCCCGCUUCCUCGCCGGCAAGAUCCUCGGAUACGACUUCACCGCCAUCCUGAGGACGCCCUACGGGUCCCACUGGCGCCGCCUCCGCCACAUCACCUCCAUGCACUUGCUCGCGUUCGACAGUCUACGCGUUUCCUCUGACCUUCGCAGCGGGGAGAUCAGAGCCCUCGCGCGGAACCUCUUCCUCCAGCAAGGCGGCGGCAGCGGUGGCGCACCGAGGAGGCUGGAUCUGAAGUCGACUUUGUUCGACCUCGUGUGCGCCAUCAUCGAACAGCUGGUGGUUCCGCUGACGGGGGAGACGCAAGAGCAGAGGCUGAUCGUCAGGGAGAUGGUGAGCGAGGGACUACAGUUGAGUGCGGCGACCGCGAACGCAGGGGACGACAUGCCGGAGUUUAUGAGAGUGGCAUGA